CUUUUCCAAGUUCUUCACUCUGUUGGUCAGUGUCUUGACAAAAACAUUCAGUCUGAUAUAAUUUACCUUGACUUUGCCAAAGCUUUUGAUUCUGUAGAUCAUCAAAUACUUCUAAGAAAACUCAAGUCAUAUGGCGUUACAGGGCGUCUUCUCGACUGGUUUCGUGAUUAUUUAAGCGGUCGCACCCAAAGAGUUGUUGUCGAAGGUGUCCUAUCAAGCUGGGUUCCUGUUAUCUCCGGCGUGCCACAAGGAAGUAUCCUGGGUCCGACACUUUUUGCUGUCUUCAUAAACGAUCUUCCGGAAGUAACAUCCAAUGGCUCUUCGGAAUCUAUGUACGUUGAUGAUACAAAGUUGUUUAGAAACAUCAACUCUACGACUGACGGUGAUUGUCUACAAGAAUCUCUAUCCAACCACGUCACGUGGAGCCAUGAUAAUAACAUCAAGUUCAACGCAUUGAAAUGUAAAGUUUUGAGCGUGGCUCGAAAGAAAAAUCCCAUGACUUACAACUAUCAUCUGGGCUCAUCAUCGUUGCCUCGUGUCCGGAAAGAAAAAGAUCUCGGCGUCAUCGUGACAGACAAUAUUCAAAUGAUAACAGCUAAAGCUAACAAGAUGCUUAGUCCCCUAAAGAGAACUUGUCCUUUAUUGACGGAAACCAAAACCCGGCGUUCAUUAUACCUAUCGCUUGUAAAGUCGAAAUUAUGCUAUGGUACUGAAAUUUGGUCUCCAUCCAAUGUCUCCCUCAAAGUAAAGAUCGAAAGAAUACAACGACGCGCGACAUGA